AGGAACGCAGGGCCGGCCAGGUUGCUUGUCAGCCACGGCCUGGAUCCCUUUGCCCGGAGAAAAACGGAUUUUCUCCAGCCGCUUCUCCGCUCUGCCCAGCCGCCCCUGGAGUUUCGCGCGAUGCCUUUGGGUCCUUUGGAACGGCUGAGCCUGGCAUUGCUCCUGGCUGCUCUGGGGGGGACUCAGCCCGGGCUGGCGGGGCCAGUCAGCACUUGCGAUGCCAAUGGGAGCCUGUACUUCCGAGGGGAAUGGUAUUCCCUGGAUAGCGACCCCUGCAUCCAGUGCGAGUGCACGGCGGAAGGGCCCGCUUGUGCCCGCACGGACUGCGCCGCUCUGCCGCCUGCCUGCAUUCACGUCAGCCACUAUCCGGGCGACUGCUGUCCGCGCUGCGAACGCGUCGGCUGUGAGCACCGAGGACAGGUUUAUGAACUGGGGCAGCAUUUCCAGCCUUCUGAAUGUGAGCAGUGUACUUGCGAAUUGGAUGGAAUUGCCCGCUGCCUGGUAGCAGACUGUGCCCCUCCACCAUGUGUCAAUCCCAUCUAUGAGAAAGGCCAUUGCUGCCCCAUCUGCAAGGAAGGACCAAAUUGCUAUGUAGAUGGGAGCCAGCACAACAUUAUUCCUGCUGGAGAGAGCGUCUGGGUCAGUCCCUGUAUUCGCUGCCGCUGUCACGAUGGCCAAGAUGCUGGCUACUGGGAAGGAAACCGCUUAGCUAAAUGUGAGCAGCUGGCAAGAUGCCGUGUUCCAAGUAGGCACCAUUCCUAACUCCUUUAAAUAUUAAGUGGUUUCUUAACCACAUCUCAUAAUCUCUUUAAGGGCUAAGUUACAAACAAAGACCCCACCAGAUGCUCUUCAGCCAACUCCAAACUACAAUUACUUAUCCUAGACCCUGAUCUGAGUCCAGUUCCCUACUCCUGCUACCUAGACCUUCCAAAAAAGACCCUUCAGUUGCUGCUACACUACAAUUCCCAUCAUCCCUUGCCAAUAGCACUCCUGGCUAAGGUUGCUGGGUUAUAUGCUUCUGCAACAGCUGCAAAGCAACAACUUUCCUAUCCCUGCUCCCCAAACACAUUGCCAAUACCAAUCUCUUCUAUAUUUUGAUUUGAUUUUCCUAUCUGUUCCUAUGUAUUUUCCUAUCUAUUUCCCCAGAAUUCCAGUCACUUCCACUCAAAAGACAGCCUAUUUUGUACCAUGUGAAUACUGAAUAGCUUCAUCUAUAUGUACUCCUUGGCUAAGUGACAAUAAAGGAUCCUUAUAAAACAGCUUCUCUUUCCUCUACAUCUGUGCAACUAUAUGUAUAAUUUCCCGGGCCAAUUACUCAGGUUUCUACCCCCUAAAAUCCAAACAGUGUAAGAAA